AAGAAAAUUAGAGAUUCUUGGUGGGUUUUGUGUGUUUUUCUUGUUUGGUUUAUGGGGUCUCUUGAUGGAACAUAAAAAAUGCUGAAAGGUUUGACUUUAUGGGUUCUCUUGAUAGAAGAUAAAACAAGCUGAAAUAGUGGUCUGAUAUUCUAAUCUGAGAGAAGAUGGCCAUGUCACUGGAGGACCUCCUCGCGAAGGAAGGAUUCAAUAAGAGGAUGUCAAAAACGAUGCCUAGAGCUUCAUCGGGAACAAAGGGAAGAAGUGGCCCUAUUUACCGACUUCAAGAUCCUCAUAAGUUUGUUGCUUCAUCUGGCACAAAAAAGCCGGAGAGGACAAAAUCUGAUAUUCCAUGCCAUGACUUGAAAAGUAAGCACAGAAUGGGUUCUUGCGAUAUAUCAUCGGAUGUUAAGAGAAUAAGCAUUAGUUCUUUUGAUGAGUUUUUAUCUGCCGAGGCUUCUCCAAACAAUGAGAUAGUUGAGGUCGGAGAGAGAAAUGAUUCAAGAUACAACCGUAUAUACUCAAAUCGAACUUACAGAAAUGAGAGUGGUGAAGGUAGGUCUGGUACCAGAAGUGCUGAGGACGCAGAAUCAAAGAGACAAUCCUUCGGAAAAGAUACACAAGCUACAGCAAAAUGUCUCAAUAAAUCUAGUAAAAAGGUUUUAGAACAUCCAAGCUUUAAAGAUGGUUAUCAGAAACAUAUGGAACAACCCGAGACCUCAAACAGCAGAUCAACUAGAAGUUCAGUAACCAACAAAAGCUCCGAUGCAACUACAAGCCUAAGGAAAGCUGAGAUUGAGCACACCGCAGCUAUUCCUGCUCUUGAUGAACUUGCUAUUCAGGCUGUAAUCUCUAUCUUGAGCGGGCAUAUAAAACAUUUUCUCCUAGAUGAGGAUUUUAGGACAUCACUUCGUCACAAUAGCUUCGCUUCGUUAAAUUUUAUUGGAUUUGAAGAAGGUCUGAAUACUGAAAGCAAGAUCAUUGCCACUCUUGAACAAGCUAUAGAAAUAGUAGAAAGAGCUGCAGAGGAUUGUGCAAAUGAGAAAGAGCUUAAGAAAGCCUCACUGCAGCUUAGUGUAAUCACAGGGUUGAAUUCAGACGAGUUACGGGAUCGAUUUACGUCCGGAAUUCCCAAUUCUAAAUUGGCAGCUUGUGCACAUCUGUAUCUCAGUGUCAUAUAUAAGAUACAGAAGAAGGACCGUAUCGCUGCAAAACACCUCCUGCAAAUUUUCUGCGAUUCGCCCUUUCAAGCAAGGACUAGUUUGUUGCCUGAUUUGUGGGAUCGCAUGUUUCUUCCUCAGCUUUCACAUUUGAAGGUCUGGCAUGAUUCAGAAGCUAAUUUUCUUGGUGACCUACGUUAUAAGUCAAGGAAACUGAAGCUGCUUGACAAAUUAUACAGUGAAAAUCUGGACAAAGGUACUUAUCAGUUUGCAGUUUACUACAAGGAUUGGCUAACCGAAGGGGCUGAGAUUCCUUUAGUUCCUUCUAUUCAAAUUCCUCCAAUAUCUGUUUCGCGUGAAGGUUCCUUUAGCAACUCUUCCCACUUAAGUAGUGGUGUUGGCGGUUUCUCACCUCAGCCUGUUGUCAGCAAAAAGUUGUAUGAUGAAGUAUUCCGUCGUUCACAUAAACUAGGAGCUGAAUCAGAAGAGCGCCAGGAAGAAAGCUAUGAAAUUAGUGUGAGGAAGCCUGCUAGGUUUGCUGCUAAAAAUCUGGUAGCAUUGACAUACUCUGCUGAAGUGAUUAAGUGUAUAGAUCAAGAUGCUGAUCCUGGUGCUACAGUUGAUUCAGUAAGUGUUGAAUACAUUACUUCAAAGAACAUGGAUCAGUAUGGCUUCUUGUCAAAGGCGCUUUUAAGCCCAAAUGAUCAGGGAGGGCGCCUCGCCUUGCUUAAGCUGUGUUUCACGUAUGGUGCAUCAACCGCUUGGGAUGCGGCGGGGGUAACUGAUUCUCCAGAAGAAAAUUUUUUCAUGGAAAUAUUUGGAAACUCUGAUAUGAAGGAAACAGCUCCAUUAAAGACCAACAUGCUGGAUUCAUUUGCACCUGCAGAUCUGACCAAGUUCAUAUUCAUCAGGAUAACAAAAGCAGCUCUUGAGCAGGAGACUGAGGAGGUAGUGCUUCCUGCUCAAGGAGUCAAUUAUGUGGGAAGAACUUCCACAAACAUUCCACAGGAAUUUAUCUGCCCUUUGACUGGACUUAUUUUUGAAGAUCCCGUUACCCUUGAAACUGGCCAAACCUUUGAGAGAGCAUCUAUUAAAAGCUGGAUUUCGAAAGGAAACAAAACAUGCCCAGUAACACGAAGAUCGUUAGAAUGUCAAAAUGUGCCCUGCAGUAACUUCAUUUUGAAGCGUGUCAUCACCAAUUGGAAGUCAGAACAUUGGAGGCAACUUCUGGCUUAUUUCUCUAAGUUAGCUGGAAAUUCAGGGGGACAUGGUUGGUUGAAGAACGAAAUAGCCGUUUCCGUGUUGGAACAACUACUUAUUGCUUUAAAUCAGGAUCAAAGAAAAGCAGCUUUAGUGCAGCUUCUAUCCCUCGGAAGCUUACAGUUUCUCAUCGAGAGAUUUAAUCGUGGAAACGCAAGGGAGAAGAUAUGUGUUUCUGUAUUACUUUGCUCUUUCAUUGAAGCUGACACUAAUUGCAGAAAUGUAGUUGCUAGAAAUGUUGAUAAGAUACGUCUUCUUAAUCUUCUUCAAAGAGAAGAGUUGGUAUUAAGGAGAAACGCCUUUUUACUCCUGACUGAACUCAUAUGCCUUAACAGGAGAAAAGAUGCAAAGUUCUUCCUUAAAAGUCUUCAUAAAGAUAACAUAGAUUGUCCAUGUGAACAGAAAAUCAUGGUUGCUCUGCUGCUCUUGCACUUCAAUCUUCUGGCCGAAACAGAUAUGCCUAGCACAUACAGAGAUGAUGCUGUUGAUGCUAUGACUUUGGCCUUGGAAAGAAGCUUAUCCGAUGGAAGGAUCAGAGAAAUAUGUUGCAAAGCACUCCUUAUUCUGGGAGGGCAUUUUUCGUUCUCGGGUAAGAUUAUGACAGAGGAUUGGAUCCUAAAGCAAGCAGGGUUUCUUGAAGGCUUUGGAGUAGAAUAUACCGUUGAGGAGCAGAAUAAUGUGCUUGCUGAUGCAACUGUUAUGAAAACGGAGGAUGAAGAACAAGAAGCCAGGGAAAAGUGGUUGUUAGAUGCAUCAGCUUUACUCAUUGGCAGUGGCAAGAAGUCAUUGGUGGAGGCUCUCUCAAAGUGCUUAGGUUCAGGAAACUCGGAAAUGGUCCGAAUCUGUCUAACAACGGUCGCGUGGCUGAGCUCAGCACUUGCUUUACUGAAUGACUCGGAAUUUGAGCUAUCUGCAUUUUUAGCUGUUAUCACUCAGCUGAUAGAAUGCUUACAACAUGGUGAUCUGAUUGAGCAUAAGGUUUUAGCUUCAAUGUGUCUACUCAAUUUCAGCAAAAUUCAAGAAUGUAGGGUCUUAUUGAUGAUGGUAGCUGAGGAUUUUGUUGGUCCACUAGAAAGCCUUGUUGAAGUUACAUGGACAGCAAAAGAGCUUUAUGCCAUUAUUUAUCGUGCCGUGGAGGAACGGUAA